GUCGCGGAGCAGCUCCUGCCCCCGGGACCUAGAAGGGCUCAAACCCCCGCGUGCCGCGGGCGAGCCCGGCGCGCAGCCCACGUGGGCUGGGGCCGGAGUAUCCCGCCCUCUGGCAGCCGCAACCGCGCACAGCUGGAGCUGGCUGGGAGGGCUGCGGGCCGGGACCCCGCGGGGAAGGAGGCUUCCUUCCCAGCCUCCAGCUGCCCGGAAAUCCCCCCAGCUCUCAAAAGACCAGCACCAUGAGGUCCUAGGGGAAGAAGGGGGAUGGGAUAGGAGGAUGGGGAGGGCUAGCCGAGCCAGAGGUCCGGGACGCCCUCUUCCCGCCGCGGGACUUCGAGAAAGCAGAAACGAGUCCUGCCCCGGGGAGUCCCACAGGAGCGGGGAUCUGGGAAGAGAAACUUGCGGACGACGAAGUUGAAGCAGUGGACCCCCCCACCCCCGGGGCGUCCUCCGUCGGAGGAGGGUCCCUGGGUCGGGGCGGGGGCCACCGCUUGGCCCGCCCCUUGUCGCUGGACGUCCGAAGAUUGGGCCAUUUUCCUUGCCGCGCCCUUACUGCUUAUCCGGGUGCGCCCGGCCCGCCCCACCCAGUUCUCUGCACUAGCCGGGAGAGGAGGGGCAGCCGGCGCAGAGCCCCGGGACCCGGAGAGCCCGCCGCGGCGAAACCGGACCUCCGCCGUUCCUGCGCCCUCUCAACCGUGCUGGGAUUCCCGGGCCCACCCGACCCAGCGGCUUGACCCGGGACCUCUUGUACCCUCCGCUGACUCCACUGCGCGCUUCCCGGGACCCCCGGACACACCCAGCCCUCCAGUGCAUCCCUCCCUAUUCCGCGCCGGGUGCCCCUGACACUCUCCAAGCCCGGAUCUCCUCCCCCAAGUCCCCGGGGCGGCGCCGGCCAGACCCUCUUCGAGCCCCGCAGACGGCCGGAGCUGAGGCUCGCCAUGCGGCUGCAGGUGCUGCGGUUGCGGCUGAGACUUGGGCUCCUAGCGCUGCUGCUGCCGCUGCUGCUGCCGCCGGCCCGCGCCCCGAAGCCCUCCGCGCAGGACGUGAGCCUGGGCGUGGAGUGGCUGACGCGCUAUGGUUACCUGCCGCCACCCGACCCUGCUCAGGCCCAGCUGCAGAGCCCUGAGAAGCUGAGCGAUGCCAUCAAGGUCAUGCAGAGGUUCGCAGGGCUACCAGAGACCGGCCUAAUGGGUAGGUGGCCCCCACCCCUCCCCAGCCCUGCUCUGCACCCAGAGCUCCAUGUUUCCAAGGAGAUGGAGGAAGACCUGAGUGGGGGUGGUAAAGGGUGGGGAGAUGAGGCGCUGAAGCGGUGGCUGGUCUUGAACUCCUGGGCUCAAGCAAUCCUCCCACCUGGGCCUCCGAAAGUGCUGGGAAAUCAGGCGGGAGCCACCACACCCAGCUGUUCCCUGUCAAGUUUCUCUGCACAAAGUGUUCCCUUUUCAGGGGAGGGGCCCAUCUGUUUGUGUAAGAUCGCCCCUUCCUCUGUGCGUUCUCUGGGUCUCUUCAGCCUGUGGUCCAGUGUCCAGCACCGCCAUGCUGAUUGGGUGACUGGAGACAGGAAUGAUGGAAGGUUGGGGAGGGCCUGGGCAGGGGAAUCUGGGGCCAUCUCUGAAGGGUGUCCUGCUGUUCCUGUUGGCCAGCAGCUGCACUCAGGGCCUUCCUGUGCCCGCCCUUCCCAGUGCAGGAGUGGCCUCAGCUCCUGCCCACUUUCCCCUACAGAUGGCGAGGGGACCGACCUGUUUGCAGUGGCUGUGCAUGAGUUCGGCCAUGCUCUGGGCCUGGGCCACUCCUCGGCCCCCAACUCCAUCAUGAGGCCCUUCUACCAGGGCCCAGUGGGUGACCCAGACAAGUACCGCCUGUCUCAGGAUGACCGUGAUGGCCUGCAGCAGCUUUAUGGGAAGGCACCCCAAACCCCACAUGACAAGCCCACAAGGAAACCCCUGGUUCCUCCCCAGCCCCCGGCCGUGCCCCCAGACAGCCCAUCCUCCCCGAUCCCUGAUCGAUGUGAGGGCAAUUUUGACGCCAUUGCCAACAUACGAGGGGAAACUUUCUUCUUCAAAGGCCCCUGGUUCUGGCGUCUCCAGCCCUCCGGACAGCUGGUGUCCCCGCGGCCCGCGCGGCUGCACCGCUUUUGGGAGGGUCUGCCCGCCCAGGUGAGAGUAGUGCAGGCCGCCUAUGCCCGGCACCGAGACGGCCGGAUCCUCCUCUUUAGCGGUCCCCAGUUCUGGGUGUUCCAGGACCGGCAGCUGGAGGGCGAGGCGCGGCCGCUAACCGAGCUGGGGCUGCCCUGGGGGGAGGAGGUGGACGCCGUGUUCUCGUGGCCGCAAAAUGGGAAGACCUACCUGGUCCGUGGCCGGCAGUACUGGCGCUACGACGAGGCGGCUGCGCGCCCGGACCCCGGCUACCCUCGUGACCUAAGCCUCUGGGAGGGCGCGCCCCCUUCUCCCGACGAUGUCACCGUCAGCAACACAGGUGACACCUAUUUCGUCAAGGGCGCCCACUACUGGCGCUUCCCCAAGGGCAGCAUCAAGUCCGAGCCUAAUGCCCCCCAGCCCAUGGGGCCCGAGUGGCUGGGCUGCCCCGCCCCCAGCGCUGGACCCCGCGCCCCCAGGCCCCCCAAAGCGACCCCGGAGUCCAGAGGCUGCGAUUGUCAGUGCGAGCUCAACCAGGCCUCAGGACGGCGGCCCGCGCCCCUCCCGCUGCUCCUCCUGCCCCUGCUGGUGGGAGGUGUCGCCUCCCGCUGAUGGGCCCAUCCCGACAGAACAGCGCCCUCCACGGACGAGUCAGCCGCCGCUGGACCGGGUCGGGAUUGCGAGGCGCUGCGGAGGCCUCUUGUCUGUUCCCAGGGACUGGGGCUUGCGCGCGGACUAAGCGAGGCGGAUCUCCCGCGGAGCGGCGCCGGCGGGGACUGGUCGCUCCUAGCGCUGGUCGCCCUUGGCGCUGGGCUCAGCCUCCGAGGGGUCCGGCGCUCUCGGCGCCACCUCCGGAGCCCGCGCCAGGGGGCGCCCGCGCGCAGAGACCAAGCGUCGGUCACCGCCCCCGUCCUUCCUCCCCGAAGCCGCCAGGGGGCGGUCGGACCCUCCCCAGCCCGGAAGGGGCGGCGAGGAGGGCGGGCCCGCGGCGGCACCCGAAGGCAGCAGCUGUUCCCCACCGCGCGCUGCCUUCGCAGGACCGGCCUUUUCCGUGAAGAGCCAGCUUUUCUCCGAGAGCCGGGACUCUCCGCAGCCCCGCCCCGCCUGACCACUGUGGCUGGCGUUCCUGGAUCGUUAGGGGACCGGCCUGCCUGCGAAGCUGGUCUCUCUCCCACCAGCUCCUCUCCCACCCGCAGUUUCUCACCCCGUUUUGCUCCCAUGACGCCCCCCUAUAGUCACUGCCACAUUGGUGGGGACCCGGGACUCAGAUCCAGACCCAGCCCAGAGACCACCCAUGAGGAUCCAUGCUCCAUAUCUUGGGUGGUGGCAUCAGUGGCGAGAGGGACCCCAUUAACCUGGUUUCCAUCCUCCCCAGGCCACUCAGCCUGGGCACCUUCCUGGUCCCAGAACUGCCUCCCAUUUAAUUGGGCACCCUUCUAUCCCCAAGAAGCCCUUCCCUGCUUGCACCCUGAAGAACACGGCAUGGAUCCCAUCAACUCAACGCUGGUGGAAAGACGAGGACGAACCCUAGCUCAGGCACAGUCAAUGCCUCCUCAGCACUCCUGGGUGGCCCUAGUUCUAGAGUGAGGGGUGGGUGGAACCUGGGGCCACCUUGUUCACCCUGUCCUCACUCCCCACAGAUUGUGGAUCUAAAUGAUUGCUUCUAGAACUAUUCUUCUAGAUUAUUCCACAUCAGAAUUACUGGGAAAUUUAAAUUUGCAGAUCCCACACCUUACCCUGAAUCCUCACUUAGGGUGGGGUCAGGAAAUGCAUUUUCACUAGUUGGGGGCGUUGCGGGGGCCAGCCGCUGGCUGUCUCGUGGCAUUUCUGUGGCUCUGUGGUGUUCCCCCACCCCAGGACCAAUCUCUUCAUAUCUUCUCUGCAGAGCCACACUGACGGCCUGACCUCCAUGGGUAGAGUCACUUAGGGGCCACUUCCUAGGUUGCCAUCUAGCCUCAGUGGCCCCACAGUGCUUCCUGGAGCCAAGGCUGUGGGCAGCCACCGGGAAGGGUUGCCCCUUCCCUUGAGGAUGGCAGGCAGGAGGCUUUGGUCGUUACCUGGGAAUUCUAGGCUGCUAGGAAAUGAUUUUGGGCCUCUGUCAGUUUCUUUUCCAUGUAUGAGGAGGCAGAAACUUGUAUUUUAGAAGCUUAUUCAUCCCACUCAGGACAAUAAAAAUGAAUAGACAGGCCAGGCGCAGUGGCUCACGCCUGUAAUCCCAGCACUUUGGGAGGCCAAGGCGGGUAGAUCAUGAGGUCAACAGAUGGAGACCAUCCAGGCCAGUAUGAUGA